AUGUCUACGGGUUCAAAGUCGGAAAUUAGGCGACACGCCGUAGUGUUCGGAGCCUCGGGACUCAUAGGAUGGUCAUGCGUCAAUCAGCUUCUCUUGAAGUACCCGCGAAAGGGAUCGUUCGAGAAAGUGACAGCUGUCACGAAUCGGCCCGUGAAGCUCGAGGAGUCGUUCUGGCCGACGGAGUCCACGACGCCAGAAUUGAGAUUGGUGUCCGGUAUCGAUUUGGCAAUAGGCGAUGGGAGAGGGGUGGAAUUAGCAGAGCAGCUGAAGAGGGAGGGCAUCAAUGGGAUCACGCAUGUGUACUACUUUGUUUUCACAUCGCUCAGCGAUCAUAUCGAGGAGGUCGCAACGAACAAACGGAUGAUGCAAAAUGUGCUGGGGGCUAUAGACGUAUUAAAUGCGCCUCUACAGUUCGUUGUCUUCCCCGGCGGCACCCGGGGGUAUGGCAUAUAUACACCUGGCGGGACGUUUACGCCACCUCUGCAAGAGGAUAUGGUCAGAAACCUCCCAUCGGACUACGCAAAAACUGUUGCUUAUCCGGUCUUCCGUGAGGUGCUCACAGAGGCGUCCAAAGAAAAACCAUGGACCUGGUGCGAGGUCUGCCCAGACGCCAUCAUCGGAUUCACGCCGAAUGGUUCCCAGUUCUCUCUUGCCCUGCAUUGGGCGCAGUAUCUUUCACUAUAUGCGCAUCACCACGGGAGAGGUGCGAGGGUGCCGUUCCCUGGCAUCGAGGCGGCAUAUCUCGCCAACAUGACGCCUGUGUCUGCGGGGAUAUUGGCAAGAUUCGCCAUCUAUGCCUCACUCAACCCAGACAAGUGUGGCGCAGGACAACUGUUCAAUGUCGGAGAUAGUGCAGAGCCGACCACUUUUGGACAUAUCUGGCCGCGACUCGCAGAGUGGUUUGGACUGGUAGGUGAUGGUCCGCUGUCUAGCUCUUCCGGCACAGAGCUGGAGGAGAAGGAGAGUCUCAUGCCGGGAGAAUACAUCGCAAAGCAUCGAGGCACCUUUGAUGAGAGGGGACUUGGUAGGGCAGAGAAAGCAGGAGUCUCGGCUGGGAGCCUCCAGUUGGAUAGUGUUGGAACUUGGUUGACAUUUGAUAGACAAUUGAGCCUGGACAAGUUGAGGAGCACUGGUUUUGAGGAAGAAAGAGACGUAGUUGAGGGUUGGCUGGAAGCUUUCCGGGGAUUUAAAGAAGCUGGUUUGAUAUUGUAG